UUGCAAACCGCCAAUAAACACCAUAUAAAGAAGAAUGCGAUCUCAUUUUUGUUGAUUUGCCGUGGGACUUGCUAAAUAUGUUAUAAAGAUGCCAUUCGGAGCAAUGAUAACUGCGUCAAUGUCGAAAGUAUUGAGUCUUUUUAGGACGUCUACAUUUCGGAACAACCUCAGUGUGAUUCAGCAGUUACACCGGCUCCCUCAAAGCCCCCAGCCCCUUUACACAGCGGGGCUCCAGCGCUUCAGCAGCACCUCAACCCAAGAUGAGACAGCGGUGUCAGGUGCUUCUGAACAUAAAGUACACCUCACUGAGUCAUGUCUGAAGAGACUAGGGGAGAUCAUGAAGACGGGUGAGUACCUGAGAAUCCAUGUGGAGGGAGGAGGCUGCUCCGGGUUUCAGUACAAGUUUUCUGUAGACCGUAACAAGAAUGAAGAUGACAGAGUGUUUGAGCAGGGGGGAGUGGGCGUUAUUGUGGACCAGGAAAGCCUCGAGUUUGUAAAAGGAGCCACUGUGGACUUCAGCCAGGAGCUCAUCCGC